UCAUCACAUCAAAUCGAAUAUGCUACACAGGAAAACGCAUUUCAAAGUUAUGCUUUAAAAAUCGAUACUAAAUAGGAUUAACAAAGAAGUAACGAUAGCAAAUACAAACCAAAUGCGAAUCGCGAAUCGUAUAAAGUAGAAAAAAAUCUGCGCCAAUCAGCGAAGAAAAAUAAGAAUUGCGUCAGAAAAAUAUCUAAAUAAUAUCAAUUGUCGAUGGAAAAUACGCGAAUGUAAAGUGUGAGUCCCGCUAAAAGCAUACAAAUCAUAUUGAAUUGAUUAAAGUCAAAGCAAAUCUCGGAAAAAAUAAUUGGCAGUGAAUAAAAAACUGUCCGAAGCCGAAACAAAGUGUGUUACGACAGAACGGCGCACAGUGGGAAGUGCAAGCUGAAGCGCCAACGUUGCGCAGUGAAGAGGACUAUUGUGUUGUGACUGGCACGGUUGGUCGGGCAGAUCCGCUGCCAAAAACCCUUUGUUUUCGCUUUGGCUUUUUAGCCAAAACAACCAGGCACUCCAGCGCGUGCGCACACUCACCGAAAUGCUCGAAUAAAAAAAAAAAUGAUGUAAAUUGAAGUGAACAGCGACUGUCAAAUUUAAAUUUCGUAAUACUUCUCUCCGAAAGAGGGGGUACGCACUUUGAAAGCAACGAAAUUCGGGAUAAUUUUGCGACGUAUUUUUUGUGGAAAUACCCGCCGAACGUUGUGAAAACAACAAAACUAACAUAGAUGAUUAGUAAGCUCGCUGUGGAAAAAGAGCGGAAAAUUUGCUUUGGUUGUUUCCAUACACUGCCAAAUUGCCAGAUCAAAGGGAGUAAGAAAAAAACCCACCGAAUUUGGUGCCAACGCGACAUACGCCGUACCUACACUGCUUUUUUCAGGAUUUGCCACAAAUGACUAUGCACCUAAGAGAUUCCAUUCUUAGCUCCCUGUAGUGCGCCAUUGUGUUAUUGUGCUUGUGUGAUUCAGGGAAUUUUCGUUGCGUAGUCGCAUGUUUGUUGUGGAAAUUUGUAAACAUUGCAGCCACAACGGUACGCUCUUUAGCCUUGAAACCGCAGUGCACAUAGCACACAUCCUCGGAUGUUGGCGCUCGUUGUUGAACAGUUGAAUUGAAUUGAAUUUUGUGCUGUCGGUUACUGGUCGCUUAGCAGUUGUGGGUCCAACGUUGGCUUACCUGCGAACGAACAAAACGCCGCAUAUAUAUAUUAUAGCAUACACACAAUACCCUUUUGUUACUCUUUGCUCGAUACUCGGAAACCAACUGAAAUUCAACAAUUCCUAUCGGCUAAAACCGCCAGCCUAUCAACUUAAACUCUCGACGAACUAAGUAAAUAAUAAAGUGUGUUUCUGUGCUUUUCGCGCUCUCGCAAUUAAAACGUGUUGAUGAACGGUAAUUUAGUAUUAUCGCGUAAAUACUUUUUAGUUGUUGCUGUUGUAAAACAAUGUCAUCAAAAUGUGGAUUAAACCUGAUUUUCGUGUCGAUCAUUUUCAUUAUCAUCGUAAAUGGCUACGCAAAAGACAUUUCCGGAAUUGAAAGAGUUUUAUGAUAGCAACAAUCUCCCCUUGGAUGUGUCCACCGAUCACAUUUACGAGGGCGAAGUGAUAGGGGAUCGUAAUAGUUAUGUAUUUGGUUCUAUUUUGGAUGGGGUAUUCGAGGGUAAAAUAAUAACUGAACGUGAUGCCUAUUAUGUUGAACAUGCCAAACGUUAUUUCCCGCCAACAACAACAGUAGCUACGGCAGCAGCAUUAAGUACGAAUGGUACACAAAUGCCACUGGCACAACGACGCGUUGCUGAACAAUAUACAGCAACAACUUCGACAAGCAGCACAUCAUCAUCAACAUCAAUGACAACGACGAUGAGCUCAACAACAGCAUCACCGACAACAACAACAACAUCGAGGGAAACGACGCUGAAAACAUUUACAACGUCCGGCGGAAAUGAUAAAAAUGGACAAACUGACGGCAAUCGGAAUAUUGGUUUUCAUUCUAUCAUCUACAAGGAGUCGCAUGUCGAUGAUCCUUACAAGGAGAUGCGUGAAGGACAUGUUGGCGGCUGUGGCAUCACGGAGGAAGUCUCCCAGUGGAUGGAAAGCAUACAGAAUUCUGCCGUCGAAGAGUUGCCCGAACCAAUGUCGAAUGAUGAUGUCACCCACCAAAAACAACAGCACAAAUUAACCAAACCGGCUACCGCACGCAUGACACAGACACAAGAUGUAGCGCAACAAGAGAAAGAUAAUGGCGCAUUCCCAACAAACAAGAAACACAAAAGGCCCACCACUGCGCCAACAAUAGCAACAGGAGCCGCAUCCGCGCAACAACGUCCACCAAAAAAAUACUCAAGUUACACAGCUGGCACUGGCGCGACGACGCCAACGCCGACGACCGCGACGGCAACGAGAGGCGGCUUUGUGGCUGACUCCGCCGGUAGUGCCGUAGGCGAUGAUGAUUUCAAAUAUCCUUAUCAAAAAUACUCAAAAGAUGCAAAUUUUCGCUUCGAUGACGACACGGCUUCAACAUGGCGGACAUUUUCGCCUAAAGCUCCAGCCGAUGGCAGCGAUAGCGGCAACGGUUUCUCGGGGACAUUUUAUGAUCCGGAAACGGGACGCAAGUACACGCCCCAAAACAUGGAUCGGUCCGAGUGGCAUGCAAAGGUGCACGAACGAGUGCGGCGUGCAACCAGCGCUAAUUUGAACGGGCCGGGGGCGCGGCGUGAAGAGAACAAAAAUACCUGUUCGCUGUAUAUACAAACGGAUCCGCUGAUAUGGCGGCACAUACGCGAAGGAAUUGCUGAUGUAAGUGAAACGAGAACACUUUUAUUGUAACUCAUUUAAAAAGUGGUAUAAAUAUACAUACAUGGGCACCUAUGUGAGCGGCUGACAGUGG